AUGCCACUCUCCAGUCUGCUCUGGGUGUUCCUGGCCUUCACCUUCUCUGGAUCUGGUGUGGCCCAGAAAGUUACUCAAGACCAGCCAGACAUAACCAGUCAAAUAGGGCAAUCUGUCAUUCUGAACUGUCGGUAUGAAGUAAGUUGGAGUGAGUACACGCACUACCUUUUUUGGUACAAGCAGCUUCCCAGUGGAGAGAUGACUUUCCUUAUUCGUCAGGAAUCUUCUGGCCCGAAUGCAAGGAAUGGCCGCUACUCUGUAGACUUUCGGAAAGCACAGAACUCCAUCAGCCUCACCAUUUCAGCCUUACAACUGGAAGACUCCGCAAAGUACUUUUGUGCAGUAUGGGAACUCACAGUGCUUGAAGUAAUGGGAAAAGCUGUACAAAAACCCCACAGAGUCAUAAGUGAGAGCCCCCCUGCUGCAAGACCCCAGCUGAAAUGCACACCUGCAGACCUCAGACAAGAAAGGGUAGUCCUGUGGUUGCUUCAUCUGUGGUCUGGAUCAGAGGAUUUGAUUCCAAACAAAAACUCCUUCCAUGUCAUUUGGAAACAGGUGUCCAGAGUAACUUUCUAUUAA